AUGUGCUACAGCGGCUGCUACUACUACCCCUGCAUCCACACCCCGGGUGCCUACUCAUACGGCCCCGGUUCAACGUGGUCGACGUCCGGUUACAGCUCCACUUCGUCCACGUCCACCGGCUAUCCCACCAUCGCCGACGAAGAGAGCCUCCGCUGGCUUCGCAACCGCCGCCGCAGCCGCCGCACGGACGACGAAGUCUACAAUGUGAGCGUGCGGUACCGCAGCGGCAGCCGCAGUGGACGAAGCAGAAGCCGGUCUUUCUUGGACUCUCCCAGCAUGUCGCCAGGCGUCUUGCUGCCGUCGACGUACUACGCCUUUGUACCGGCCAGCAGCCGGCGCCGUCUGCGGGUGUCCGUCUACGAAUGA